CGACAAGAGGGCCUGAAGGGGGCUGGGACACCAACCCACCAACCCCAGGAGUCCGGGAUGGUCCUCAUCCCCGUGGAGCCCUUAGACCCUCCCGCGACUCGGAGGAUGGGCCGGAAACCUCUCUGCGGGUCCAUUUCCCAACUAGAGGGUUGCACCAUCCUGGGCCCUGACCGUUUACCCCGGGGGUGGCCGCGGAAGACUACUCCGCCCCUGCCAGCAGGGGGCGUGCCCGCCCCGCCCAGUCCUGCCCCCUGGCCGCUCCCCUGGUUCGCGCCUCCGCAGACUCCCGCUUUGCCUUUCUCCUGGGACAGAUCGGUCUGAGCCCCUUGGGGAAGCUUCCGGAGCGUAGCCUGGGCCCAGCCCACCGGCCCCGGCAGCCAUGGCGGGCACCCUGGACCUCGACAAGGGCUGCACAGUGGAGGAGUUGCUCCGCGGCUGCAUCGAAGCCUUUGAUGACUCCGGGAAGGUGCGGGACCCGCAGCUGGUACGCAUGUUCCUCAUGAUGCACCCCUGGUACAUCCCCUCCUCUCAGCUGGCUGCAAAACUGCUCCACAUCUACCAACAAUCCCGGAAGGACAACUCCAAUUCACUGCAGGUGAAAACUUGCCAUCUGGUCAGGUACUGGAUCUCAGCAUUCCCAGCAGAGUUCGACUUGAACCCAGAGUUGGCUGAGCAGAUCAAGGAGCUGAAGGCUCUGCUAGACCAAGAAGGAAACAGGCGGCACAGCAGCCUCAUCGACAUCGAGAGCGUCCCCACCUACAAGUGGAAGCGCCAGGUGACCCAGCGGAACCCCGUGGAACAGAAAAAGCGCAAGAUGUCCCUGUUGUUCGACCACCUGGAGCCCCUGGAGCUGGCGGAGCACCUCACCUACUUGGAGUAUCGCUCCUUCUGCAAGAUCCUGUUCCAGGACUACCACAGUUUCGUGACUCAUGGCUGCACCGUGGACAACCCCGUCCUAGAGCGAUUCAUCUCCCUCUUCAACAGUGUCUCGCAGUGGGUGCAGCUUAUGGUCCUCAGCAAGCCCACAGCUCCUCAGCGGGCGCUGGUCAUCACACAUUUCGUCCACGUGGCUGAGAAGCUGCUCCAGCUGCAGAACUUCAACACUCUGAUGGCGGUGGUUGGGGGCCUGAGCCACAGUUCCAUCUCCCGCCUCAAGGAGACCCACAAUCACGUUGGCCCUGAAACCAUCAAGCUCUGGGAAGGUCUGACGGAACUAGUGACAGCUACAGGCAACUACGGUAACUACCGGCGCCGGCUGGCAGCCUGCGUGGGCUUCCGCUUCCCCAUCCUGGGCGUCCACCUCAAGGACCUGGUGGCCCUGCAGCUGGCACUGCCUGACUGGCUGGACUCUGCUCGGACCCGGCUCAAUGGGGCCAAGAUGAAACAGCUUUUCAGCAUCCUGGAGGAGCUGGCCAUGGUGACCAGCCUGCGGCCUCCCGUGCAGGCCAACCCUGACUUGCUGAGCUUACUCACGGUAUCUCUGGAUCAGUAUCAGACGGAGGAUGAGCUGUACCAGCUGUCUCUGCAGCGGGAACCACGCUCCAAGUCCUCGCCAACUAGCCCUACCAGCUGCACCCCACCUCCCCGGCCCCCAGUGCUAGAGGAGUGGACUUCGGCCGCCAAGCCCAAGCUGGACCAGGCCCUUGUGGUGGAGCACAUAGAGAAGAUGGUGGAGUCUGUGUUCCGAAACUUUGAUGUCGAUGGGGACGGCCACAUCUCACAAGAAGAGUUCCAGAUCAUCCGCGGCAACUUCCCUUAUCUCAGCGCCUUUGGGGACCUGGACCAGAACCAGGCGGGUUCUAAGGCUCCAGUCCCUGCCCUCGGGAAGACAGAGGGAGACCUCACCUCUAAGCCCCUACUCCCAGCACGGUCUCCUCCUCUAUUGCAGAUCCUGGGCAUCUACAAGCAGGGCCUCAAAUGUCGAGCCUGUGGGGUGAACUGCCACAAGCAGUGCAAGGACCGCCUGUCAGUGGAGUGCCGUCGCAGGGCCCAGAGUGUGAGCCUGGAGGGCUCUGCACUCUCUCCCUCCCCGACGCACACCCACCACCGGGCCUUCAGCUUCUCCCUGCCUCGCCCUGGAAGGCGCGGCUCCCGGCCCCCAGAGAUCCGAGAGGAGGAGGUGCAGGCGGUGGAGGAUGGCGUAUUUGACAUCCACCUGUAAAGAUGCUGUGACUGUAUCAAGGACUCAUUCCUGCCUCGAGAAAAUAUUUGGACCAGAGCAGGGAGCCUGGGGUUCUGGGGCUUGGUGUGAGGGUGGCAUGUACUGAGGGCAGGAUGGGGACAGUGUCCCUAAGGUUGUACAGACUCUUGUGAAUAUUUGUAUUUCCAGAUGGAAUAAAAAGGCCCGUGUAAUUAA